CGCCUUCCGACUACCGCGUAGCGUGCGACACUGCGUUAUGUGCUGUCUAUGGGUUCCUCGUACGCCGCCUGACAAGCUCGCUGCUGUCCACUGAAAGUUCGCGGCCUGCUAGGACUGAACUUGCGGAACUUUAAACCACAUUUUAAACGUAACCGGAACCACUUAAUUUUAAGAAUAUUAAAUAAUAAUUAAAAAAAAUAGAUUAACCCACCUAAAACCCUUUGGAUCUUUGUGUGACUUGCCUUCUCUCUAUCUCACUGUGAUUUCUUGUUGAUGUGUUUUGUGUCUUAGAGUUCGAGGAUAGUGAUAAUUAUAAUUAAAUAAAGUUAAUUCGUGUAUUAACCAUAUCUUAAGAGUUCGACGGAGGACUUCUUCGAGUGUUACUGUUAAUCGUUGAGAGAUGAUGAUUUUAAGUGGUGAUUUUGAUGAAUGCAGAUAUAUUCCUGGAACGUAUGAAGAUAGUGUUUAAAUGGAAUUGAAGAAUAUGGAGUUGGUCAAAGGAUUCUUCGUCUUGUUUUUGGUUCUUCUUUGUUCAGGUGAUGCGGAGUCGACGUCUUCUUAUUUCGACGAGGGCUUCCUCAAUAGCAACGUCAGCAGCUACCCCUAUUUCGAAUUCAACGUGCCCCGCAACGUAACCACGGCGGUCGGCCAGACCGCCUUCCUCCACUGCAGGGUCGAGCAACUGGGAGACAAAGCGGUUUCAUGGAUCCGGAAAAGGGAUCUGCACAUUUUAACUGCCGGCAUCUUAACCUACACUUCGGACCAGAGGUUCCAGGUAAUCAGGCCGGACAAAUCAGACAAUUGGACGCUGCAGAUAAAAUUUCCGCAGUUGAGGGACAGCGGCAUCUAUGAAUGUCAAGUGAACACCGAGCCUAAAAUGUCGCUUCCUUUCAGACUGAACGUUAUAGAGGCCAAGGCCAGGAUCCUGGGUCCUAGCGAUCUCCACGUGAAGGCAGGAAGCUCUGUCACGUUAUCCUGCGUGAUUAAUCAAGGACCACACAACCUGGGGACUGUGCUUUGGUACAAAGGUGAUGAAAUAUUGGAGCUGCCCCAGGAGACAUCGCAGAAUGAUAUCGACGCAAACGCCAGGAUCAGGGAAGAGAUCGAAUGGACUGAUGGAUUAACGUCACGGCUGCACAUCACAAACGUCCACUUAUCGGACUCUGGAAACUAUUCCUGUGUGCCCACCACUGCAGCGGCGACAAGUGUUAACGUCCAUGUAAUUAAUGGAGAGCAUCCAGCAGCGAUGCAGCAUGGAAACAAAAAUACAGCCCCCCUAUCAUCUUUACAUUGCACCCUUGUAUAUAGUAUCUCUGUCUUCAUAAUAAAACACAUCAGAUGAAACAUCUUGUA